AUGACGGCGAUCGAUUUUGUCCUGAACCGAAAUAUGGGGUUAACUUCUGCGCCGGAAAAAAUCAACCGAUACUACGCUUUGACGUUCGCCACGUACGCGAUGAAACCGGUGUUUGCGUUACUGAGCGAUUGGUUUCUGAGUCGAAGCUCGAGUCGUGAUGAAAACGACGAGAAAGAAGGAGAGACGACGAGGCGAAGAGAGAGAGGACAUCGCGCGAAGUUCGCGAGCGGGUGUUGUAUUUUAGCCGGCAUAUUUCAGUUCGCGUUAUCCUUUGCGAAAACGCUGAAGGAAGUGUACGGGUUUGGGAUCUUGAUGACCGCGUGCGUGAGUGGGGCGUACGCGAGUUUGGACGGGAUAUUAGUGUGCGCGGCGAAAGGGACGAAGACGAUUGAGACGACAACUUCGGGGAGAAACGAGGAAGAGAUGCGACGGAUGGGCGGCGGAGAAAGAGAAGGAGGUGGUGAAAUAAACGCAGAAGAAGAGGCAGAGGAAGUACGCGCGAUUGAAGAAAGAGAGAAUAACGCGCAUAAUUCGAAAUCAAAGAACAGACGGAUAACGCAGGUGAACGUGCAAACAGUCGCCAUGGCGACGCGAACGUUUGCGGCGAUUUUAGGAAGCGCGUGUUCGGUUUUGUUUUUGGAGAUGUUCACCGCGCGAGCGACGAUUGCGUUGUCGAGUGGGUUUGCAGUUCUGGCGUCGAUUUUUGCGCUGAGGAUUCAAGAGGGAAAAAGGAGCGCCGGAGGAGCGCGCGAAGUGGACGAAGAUUUGGAAACGAGAAGAAGAAGACGAAGAAGAGCGCAAACGUCGACGAAGAAAUGGCCGUGGAGAAGAUUCUUCUCGGACCGCGAAUUCAUCGUGCUCGCUUUGGCGUUAUUCAUCUACCGAAUCACGCCAACCGCCAUGGAUACGUACAAUUCGUUCAUCUACUCCAUCUACGACAAAAAACUACCAAACAGUGCCUUUGGUAUGUUUCAAUUCUUCUCCAACGUCGGCGCGCUGUUCGGCGCGUUUGCGUUUUCCUUCUUCCACAACAAAUACUUCGUCGAAAAGAAGCAACAACAACGAGACGACGGAAAUCUUCCUCCUCAUUCUCCUCCUGGAAGAAUAGGAGAGUUACCAUCAUCAUCAUCAUCGUCAAGAUAUGCAAACGCUCGAAUCCGACAAAAACAACUCCUCCUCCAAACGCCUCGAUCGAAAAUGAACGUCUUCCUCCUCGGCGGCGUCGCCGACGUCGGCUUCCAGCUCGUGCGACUGUUCGCGCUUUACCACCCGCCUCAAAUUAACCAACGCAAUAGCGGUAUGCGCGCGGCAAUCAUCCUGUCCAUUCUGGAACUCGUCAUCUCCUUCGGCUCUCGCUUCGCGUACAUGCCCAUCGUCAUCCUCUCCGCCGUCGUCGCCGAAAAGUGCGAAAGCAAAGAAGCCUUCUCUUUCUCCGCCUUGGUCUUCUUCGCGGACCUUUCGUCCAUCUUCGCCGGCUUCAUCGCCGCCGAUAUCGUCGAGCGAUGGAAAAUAGGCGCCGCCGUUAAACGAAAGUUGGACAUGAUGUACAUCACCGGACGCUCCUGGCGUCCUCUGAAAAACUUCGUCUACUUAUGCGCGUUUUUAAAACUCUCGGCGGUCGCGGUGACGCUUUUAUUGCUCAAGCUCAUCUUAUCCCGUUCGUCCUCUUCUUCUUCCUCUUCUCCUUCUUCUUCCUCUUCUUCCGAGGAGGACGAGGACGAGGAAAACGAAAACGAGGAGGCGUACUACGAAACGGUGCUCGCCCCGGCGGCGACGGCGGCGGCGACGGCGGCGACGACGAUAACAACAGCGCGAGACGAUGACGAAUAUAAUCAGUUUAGUCCGUAUAGAAUCGAUCGAUAG